GUAGGGCAUGAAGUGAACUCUCAUCUGGAGGAGGGACUGGAAAGGUUUUCAUUACACGGGAAACAGUAAUUACAAAAGGUACCAAAACAGUGGUCACCGAUGGCAACUAAAGAGGUCAAACAAUGGUGGGAUCCAUAUGAAACAUCUAAUAGAAGACAAUUUGUCCACCAGCCAAACUCAGCUGCAGAAAUCCUGCUAUGCAGGAGCCCAUCGUCUACUGCAUUUAUAGACUCGUAUUCACAUUCUGGACCCCUCGGCUCAACUGUGUAUAAGAAGGAUUUUUGCUGGAAGCUAGCCUGCAAACCUGAAAGUAUUCGCACUGGGACAGCCUCGGGGCAGAGGAGAAACAACCCACAUCCCAGCCAGUCUUUCAUGACGUGGAGGCUACCCAGAGAGGCUGCACGAAGCUCAGACUAUGUCAGCUUCCCUUGGAAAUGUUCUCCGUCUGAGGGAGUGAUCCGUAAGGCCCUGACAGCACAGUACUGCUCUACCUACAGAUGUGACUUCAUGGGGAUGCCUCAAGGUUAUUUUGUUACUAAAACUGAAGGCGGGAGACUUGCACCUCUGUACAGCAGGCCUGAAGUGCCUCUCUCUGCUGACACAGAAAUGAGGGACAAUUACCGCAAGCCUAAAAGAAAACCAGAACUGCUUGGCAAUCCCAGCAACAACACAGAUUCUUAUGUGGCCUCAUGUGGUAUAGUUCCAACUGUUGUGCAGAGGCAUGUGCACUCGCAGCAAAAAAGAUACGACUUGACAAACUACAACAGGUUCUUUGGAAAGGGAGUCAGUGAUGUCUCAGGCGUGCUAAAGUCUCUCCUGCCACAAGAGCUGCAGCAGCUACAAAAAAUGUUAACAGAGGAGGAGAAGGAAGCAGUAAAAGCUUUGAGUAAAGGCCCUCAGCCAAUCAAUAGAGAGAAAGUGAGCAAACUUCCAGCAGUUGUGCCUAAUUCACGCACACCAGAGAGGAUAUCAAGCUGGCCAGGACCACAGUGAGCCUCAGUGCUCAUAUUAGUGGGUCUUUAAUCUGUGUUUGCAUUUUGUGUUUUUGUGUCAUUUGAUGGUAGGGUGAAAUGUAAUAGAGUAGAUAAUUAUACAAUACAUCAGAAAUGUCAUGAAUGCAUUUGCUGUCAGUUUUUUUGCGAAGAGAAUUAAAC